AUGAGUUUAUAUACCGAUCUCGUUCAAGUAGGUGUAGCAAUGCUUAUUAUGAUAGCUAUAGGAUGGACUCUACAAAGACUUCAUGUCUUUAAAGCUCAGGAUUUUAAAAGUGCAAAUAAGUUAUGUUCCAAAGUUGGUUUGCCAUUUCUGAUGUUUGGUACAUUUAUUAAACAGACUAUAAAAAAUAUAUCAUGGUGGCCUCUUCUAGUUACUGCCCUUGUAAAUUGUUCACUGCAUAUCAUAUUAUUAUUGAGUAUACUCGUAUGGAGAAAGAAAGGAUUGGAAAAGUAUGUAACAUUACAAAUCAGUACUUGCUACGUUAACUUCAUUGUUAUUGGAUUACCAAUUUUCACUUCAAUUUGGGGUGAAAACUCUGCACACAUUGCUAUUAUAUGUCCAUUCUUCCAUUACUUCUUCGUUGUUCCAUUAUACAUGUUACUUUCAAACAUCGUCAGAAUCAAGAAAGAAAACGAACAGAAAGGCGCAGAAGAUUUUGUUUAUCACUUAACAUUUCAUGACAUUGGCGUUGCUAUUUGGAAAUCUUGCAAAACCCCAUUACUUGUUGGUGCUUUCUUAGGUUUGAUUUGGUCUUGCACAACAUUAAAGACACCAAUAUUUUUACUCCGUCUAUCAAAGUACGUUGGUGAUUUCGUCAUUGUUUUCUCACUCCUUGGUAUUGGUUCCUUCUUAGAGUCAAAUUCAAUCGUUGCCUGCGAAAUCUCAACACUUCUCAUAUGUGUCGUAAUGAGAUUCAUCAUUUCUCCAAUAUUAGGUAUUUCCUUUUGCCUUGCUUUCAAGAUCAAAGGUGAAUUGGGCAGACAGAUUAGUAUUUUGACAACAAUGCCUCUUUCCACCAUUGCUUUCAUUCUUUCUUCUGCAACUGGUAUCGGAAUGGGUUCUACUUCAAGUGUUGUUUUCUGGACUGUUAUUUUUGUAAUUCCAGCAAUUAUCUUCUGGUUUUGGAUCUUAAAUACUUUCAAACUCUUCCAAACAUCAGCUUAA